AUGGCUCCAAAAAAGUCCAAGAAGUCAAAGAAAGAAGAGUCGAUGAUUGAUUUUGUCGAAGAAGAAGUUACUGGUGACGUCGAUGAAGAUGGUUUUGAACAAGCCGAAGACAUGCCAGAUGAGGUGGAUUCAGAUGAAGAUGAGCCACCGAAAAAGAAGAAGAAAGUUGUGAAGAAAGAAAUCAAACAAGAACUAGAAUUGACCGAUGAGAAGCUUCAAGAGUUACUGGAAAAGUAUGAAGCGUCUAAGGCUACAGCCACAAAAACAAAAGACGACUUCAAACAUCUGCCAAAAAGUCAACGUGGAAAAGCAUUGAAAAGAGCAUUGAGAAAGGACAAAAGAGCCAGACAGGGAGAAAGAGCUCAGAUUCGAGAUGAACUGGGAGAAAGUGCUCCACAAAAAGAAGUUCCAAAAACUAUUGAAAGUAUGCGGGAGUAUGAUGCGACGAUGGUAAAUGAAGAAGAUGACGAAGUUGAGCACGACGAGGCCAACGACGAGUUUGCACCAUAUUUCAACAGAGAAACAUCUCCAAAAGUAAUGAUCACAAUGACUCCAAAAGCUAAAAUCACAACCUUCAAAUUCUGUUUCGAACUUCAAAAAUGUAUUCCAAACUCUGAAAUAUUCACAAGAAAGAACGUAUUGCUCAAGACAAUCAUCGAACAGGCUAAAGAAAGAGAGUUCACUGAUUUGCUUGUUGUACACGAAGAUAGAAAGAAGCCAAAUGGAAUUAUUUUCUGUCAUUUGCCUGAAGGACCUACUGCGUAUUUCAAAAUCAAUAGUCUAACAUUCACACAGGAUUUGAAGAAAUUCGGUGAGUCGACAUCUCAUUUCCCGGAAGUGAUUCUCAACAAUUUCAACACACGUCUUGGACACAACAUCGCUCGAAUGCUUGCUUGUCUCUUUCCACACGAUCCAAAAUUCACUGGACGCAGAGUUGUAACAUUCCACAAUCAGAGAGAUUACAUCUUUUUCAGACAUCAUAGAUACGAAUUCAAAAAGGAAGGUUCAAAAGCAGCGCUUCUGGAGUUGGGUCCUCGAUUCACAUUAAGACUUAAGUGGCUACAGAAGGGUACUUUCGACGCAAAGUGGGGAGAAUUCGAAUGGGUCCUCAAGAGACACGAAAUGGAAACCAGUCGUCGUCGUUUCUUCCUCUGAUUACUAUUAUUCGUUUUUCAAAGGUUGCAAAAAAAUUCGAAGCCCCAAUUUUAUCCUUACUAAGGUUUUUGAAGUUUUGAACAAAUAUCUCAAUCUCUCCCAUGCAACCCUAUCAUCUUUGUUACUGCUUUUAUUUUGUUGUUUUGUUGAUGUUAUUGAAUAAUAUAAUUUGAUGC